CUGGCGGAGUCCGCAUCGGAUGACUCCGUAGGGGUGCGCGGACUAGAGCUACCUGCUCCACCCUCCCGCCCGCGGAAGUGCCCACGAGUGUCUUCAGGGAGAAGGACAGUAACACAGAGCGCGCGGCUCCAGUCCGACAGCAGCAGAGGCUGGGGACGGAAGGCGAGGACCGAAUUCCAGGGACGAGUCACCCGGAAUUAACUUCUGCUUAGAGUUAUGGGAAGCGCGGCCAUGGACACCAAGAAGAAGAAAGAUGUUUCCAGCCCCGGCGGGAACGGCGGCAAGAAAAAUCCCAGCCAGAAAAGGCGUUCGCUGCGAGUGCACAUUCCGGACCUGAGCUCCUUCGCCAUGCCGCUCCUGGACGGGGACCUGGAGAGUUCAGAGAAACCUUCUCCUCGUAAGGUGGACAGCCCUGUCAGCUUGGGCAGCCCCUCCAAAGGGCUCUUCUCCAGGGGCCCCCAGCCCCGGCCCUCCAGCCCCGUGUCUGCUCCCGUGAGGCCUAAGACCAGCCCCGGCUCUCCCAAAACGGUGUUCCCGUUCUCCUACCAGGAGUCCCCGCCGCGCUCACCGCGCCGCAUGAGCUUCAGCGGGAUCUUCCGCUCCUCCUCCAAAGAGUCUUCACCCAACUCCAACCCCUCUACCUCUCCCGGCGGCAUCAGGUUUUUCUCCCGCUCCAGAAAAAGCUCCGGCCUCUCCUCGUCUCCGUCGACACCCACCCAAGUGACCAAGCAGCACACGUUUCCUCUCGAGUCCUAUAAGCAUGAGCCCGAACGGUUAGAAAAUCGCAUCUACGCCUCCUCUUCCCCUCCGGACUCGGGCCAGAGGUUCUGCCCGUCCUCCUUCCAGAGCCCGGCCAGGCCUCCGCCGGCAUCGCCGACUCACCAUGUAAGUGUGGGCCCCGCGCUGGGGCGGGCUGCCGGCCGGGAGGGAGCACUUACUCCACGCUCCCCCUUUUUCUUCUAG